GAUCUCGACGCCAUAUUUGAUGUACUAGCCGAAAAGGAGGAGGGACCCAAAGAUGAUCUGAAACCAUGAUUAGUUUCUUUGGAUUUGGCCAGAGUGCCGACAUCGAUAUCGUCUUGGACGGUCAAGAAUCGAGAAAAACUGCAGAAAUCAAAACAGAAGAUGGUAAAAAAGAGAGACACUACUUGUAUUACGAUGGAGAGACAGUAUCUGGUAAGGUUAAUGUUACCCUAAAAAAAACUGGAAGCAAGUUGGAGCAUCAGGGGAUCAAAAUAGAGUUUAUUGGUCAGAUAGAGUUAUAUUAUGACCGAGGGAAUCACCAUGAGUUUACAUCCCUGGUGAAGGAGUUGGCGCGGCCGGGUGACCUGACAAGCAGCACAACUUACCCUUUUGAAUUUUUACAAGUAGAAAAACCAUACGAAUCUUACACUGGUGCUAAUGUAAGGUUACGGUACUUUCUACGAGUAACGAUAGUUAAGAGGUUAAGCGAUACAGUAAAGGAACAAGACAUCAUAGUACACACAUUAUCACAGUACCCAGAGAUGAACAACAGCAUAAAGAUGGAGGUCGGAAUCGAGGACUGUUUACAUAUAGAAUUUGAAUACAACAAAUCUAAGUAUCAUUUAAAAGAUGUAAUAGUUGGAAAGAUAUACUUCUUGCUAGUUCGAAUAAAAAUCAAGCACAUGGAAAUACAGAUUAUCAAGCGUGAAAGCACUGGCACAGGUCCAAAUACAUACAAUGAAAACGAAACUAUAGCCAAGUAUGAAAUCAUGGAUGGAGCCCCAGUGAAAGGGGAGUCUAUACCAAUCCGGCUGUUCCUGAGUGGGUACGAAUCAACACCCACUAUGCGGGACAUCAACAAGAAAUUUUCUGUUCGUUACUACCUGAACCUGGUCUUGGUAGACGAGGAGGAGCGACGGUAUUUCAAGCAACAGGAAAUCACAAUAUUCCGCCGAGCUGACAAAGGAAGGAAAGGUGCAAUGGGUUACCUACAACACAAGUCAAGUAACCCUCCCCCAAGCAUGACGCCGACAACUCAGACUGUAGCGAGCGACGAAAAAGGGUCCGACGCGCCACAGGAAUAACGCCCUUGCCAACGCCCAAUCAUCUCAUUGUGUAUAGGACCUUGUAUGGCUGUAGCCAUUGAGAUAGUGUUGUGGCAUGUUUCAUCCUUCACCAGUUAUGUCCAGUGUUUGACCGUUGGUCAGUUGUCAUACCCAGGCCUGAAAGGACCUGACUCAUGCUAGCCCUACCACAGAAACGGGAUCACUCUCUAGCGGUCAUUUUAUAUGACAGUUUAAUCAAGUUUUAAAUCAUAGCUUCUCCAUAGUCCCAAAAAAAAAAUCUAUAAAAAUAAUGUACAAAAAGUAUUGAUGAUUGAAAGCCUCAUAAAUUUCAUUUUAAUGUAUUACUGAAAAGCCUUCUUUCAAAAUCAAAGAAAAUCUCCAAAUCUGUUUCGUUUUUAAUUUAGUUUUUUAAAGCUUAAAAAUAUUCGAUUUUGGGCAAAAAAUGUAGUAAACAUUACGUCUGUGUUAACAAUACAAAGAUUUUCAGUUUCAUUGUAUGGAAGAUUGAAGUAAAACCUUUUAAUUAUCACAAUUUACAUUGUAUGUCAAUGUAUAACGGUCAGUUGGUAGUGGAUGUGUCUGAAUGAAAUUACACCUCCGAGAUAUUGUACAAAACUGUUGCCAGGGAGAUAUGGAGGUCAGUGAGGAUUAAGAUUCAGCAGUACAAUUUCUUUAUUAGAAUUAAAAUAUAAGGAUGAAUAGUAAAACCACCACUUAUCAUUUCGGUGAAAUGAUUACCUGGCAUGGAGAGGGGCGGUAAUCCUAUUGACUUUAUCAAGUGGGAGGUUAUAAACAUUGGUUGGAAGUGCGAGGUCCUAGUCAGCGCUAGUUGUGUAACGUCAGUCCCGGACAUCAGAUUAACUGG